AUGGCGACGCUCGAGACGCACGGAGAAGAAGCAGCAACGCACGUUGCGGACCCGCAAGAAGGUGACUCAGUUGAUGACGCGCAGACAGCAGUCGAUGUAUCAGAACAGGAACAGCAGCCAAAGCGAUGGAAAGAAGCCCUCGCACGUGCUGUACAGAAGAUUACAGACGAGAGACGAGGCGCUAGUGGAGACAAGACACGCUUGUCUGUUGCGGAUGUCGUACAGGCGGCAGCUGCUUAUGAUCGCCACGGCCACAUUUACAUGGACUUUGCCCAAGACGACGAGAGUUAUGACAUUUCGGGGCUACAGGAACAAGCCAACAAGUACGUGGAGCAGUCGACGCGCUCGACGAGUCGGAGCAGUCGAGCCGACUAUGACGUGCCGGCUAUGACCAUCUGUCUCAUGAUUGUCGGCACUCACGGAGAUGUGCAGCCAUUUGUGGCGAUUGCAAAGAGACUCAUUCUCGAUGGACACCGCGUGCGGCUGGCUACUCAUGUAGCGUAUCGUGACUUGGUCAUGUCGCAUAACGUCGAGUUUUAUCCACUGGCAGGAGACCCGAAAGAGCUCUCGGCCUACAUGGUCAAGACAGGUGGCCAUCUCAUUCCUUUUAACCUGGAAGCACUCCAGAAAGACGUGCCACGGAACAUGCAGAUGAUUGAAGAGAUUCUCUACUCCACUUGGCCUGCAGUGUCUGAAGCGGAUCCCGACGGUGGAGGCCCCGGCAUCCCGGGCGAGCCGUUUCGAGCACAAGCCAUUAUCUCGAACCCUGUCACGUACGGACACAUUCACGUCGCUGAACGACUCGGCGUUCCGCUGCAUAUUAUGUUCCCGCAGCCGUGGGUGCCCACGACAGCGUUUCCGCACCCGUUGUCCAAUUUGCCGUACUCUGGAAAGGCUACAAAGGUAAACUACAUGUCGUACAAGAUGGUUGAUUUACUCAUGUGGCAGGCAACCGAAGGAAUGGUCAAUGCGUUCCGUAGAGAUAAGUUGGAGCUGCGCAAAAUUCGCAAGGGGGAUGGAGGUCGCGACCUUCUACUGGAUCUUGCCAUUCCGCAUGCCUUCAUGUGGAGUCCGCAUAUUGUACCAAAACCAAACGAUUGGGGCAAAAUCUAUGAUGUCAUAGGAACAGUUACGUUGGAAGGACCCAGUUCCACGUACAAACCAUCACCACAACUCGAGGCUUUUCUCGAUCAGGGUGAUGGACCAAUAUUUGUGGGCUUUGGAUCAAUGGUCAUUCAAGACCCAGAGGGUGUGACAAAGAUGAUCAUCGACGCUGCUGCGGAGGUCAAUGUCCGGGUACUGAUUCAAUCAAGCUGGAGCGAUAUGGCAGGGAAUCUCACGAUUCCAGACAAUGUCUUCUUUCUUGGCAGCUGUCCACACGACUGGCUCAUGCCACGCGUAUCAGCAGUAGUGCACCACGGUGGAGCAGGCACUACAGCGGCAGGCCUGCUUGCAGGCAAACCUACUUUUGUCGUUCCGUUUUUCGGAGAUCAGCCUUUUUGGGGCCGAGCCGUCCUGGAUGCUGGUGUUGGCGUGGAGCCUUGUCCAAUUUCCCAACUGACAACGGAAAAACUUUGCACUGCAUUUGCGGCACUAGAGAGUCAGCAGCUUCGUGCGCGCGCAAAAGUACUGCAGGAGCUUAUGCGCCAUGAGGAUGGCGCAGGUGAAGCUGUGAGGUGUUUCUACCGAAACUUGCCUCUGCAUCACAUGCGAUGUGACUUGGACUGCGGACGAGCUGCAACGACGUGGAGCCAAAAAGAAAAAAUCCGAUUGUGUGAUGAGUGUCGAUAUGUCGUGACUUCUCGUUCUGAAAAUCUGCCGACGGAUAUCGUAGAGUACACCUUUGUCGACUACUCGCCACGCGGCCCAGAAAAUGUUCUUGAGGGUGCUUCUGCUGGCGUGGGUGCGUUUGCCCACGUGUUCGGAUCGGGUAUAAAAGAUGUGAUUGUCAAGCCAGCGCAAGGUUACCGGGAGGAGGGGGCAAAGGGCGCUGUGAUUGGACUCGUAAAAGGAUUGGGUGGACUGAUCAUCAGCCCAUUGGUAGGCACGGUAGUGUUUGCUGAUCACUUUGCGACCGGGGCGUACAACAAUGUUCGAGGGGAUGACGACAGGAAGGGUUUACUUAUUGCGGACAACAAAAAGCUGCUUCACGCUUUGGGUAUUAAGACUCAUAACAAUGUUUACAAUGGGUCGAUGUGUGCCGAUGAAAAAGUUGAUCCGAAUAAUCAACUAUCUGCGCAAAUCGCGGUUCAGCUUACAACAGAAGAAAAGAGCGAGAUAGAGGGACGGUUCAUGGCGCUUGUAGAGGAGCGCGAAUUACACAGGCUAGAAUUGCUUGAUGUUUCUAAGAGCACGCCACUGAUCUCAGCGGAUUAUUCUGCGAACGUGGGCGGAGCCACUUAUAGUGGUAGUACUUCAUUUGAAAUCUCAUUUAACGAUGGCGAAAAGCUUGGCGAAGCGCUUCACGAGGCUGAAGUUUGGGAGUUAGCAGCUGAGGCACACAGAGAAGAAACGAUGCAGAAAGAACGUUUGGAGAGUCUGUUCAGCAACCAGAUGCCAAAAAUGAACAUCUGCAUGAUGACAACAGGUAGCUGGGAAGAGAGUGUUCAACAGUAUGUCGCUAUUGGAAUGCGGCUAAAAGCAGAUGGUCACUGUGUGCGCAUCGCGACUACUAGCGGCUACCGAAGUCGCAUAGCUAGUGCUGGUCUCAACUUCUAUCCUCUAGGUGGAAGCGCUAUCACAACUGGAAAUUUUCUGCAGUACCUGUACCAGCGGACCCUGAGUGAGCCUCGUCACAAGUCUCGAUUGCUCAACCUAGCUCACGCGAAGCUCAGCCACUGGCGGGAGCCGUUCCCGGAAGUGAAUGACUUACGGGAUCUCGUGUUCUCGCUUUGGCCGGCGUGUGUGGAUGUAGACCCACUAGAGCCUGGAAAGGCUUUUCGAGCUGAUGCCAUUAUUGCACAUCCGUAUCUGCUUGGGCAGACCAUUGUGGCUGAGCGUCUCGGUGUGCCUCUGCAUUGCAUGAGCUACAACCCGCAAUCUCGCACUCAGGCCUUUCCUCAUCUGAUCAGCUCCAACAUGAGGCUAUACAGACCGUAUCGUUACUCACCUACGAACGCAGCAUCAUAUGAUGUGGUCGACCAUCUGUUGUGGGACAGUUCGCGAGAUGUGCUGGACGAAUUUCGGUAUUUUUUGGGAUUCACGGAUAGAAGUAUUGCGAAUAAUUUACUUGCUGAAUGGCGCAUCCCGCACACAUACCUUUGGGACUCAAUGCUUCUGCCGAAGCCUCACGAUUGGGGAAGUGAAAUUGCAAUCACAGGUUAUGUAGAGUUUACAGAGAGUAAUCCUGACGACACCGGCCUUGAUGAAAUUGAGCAAGAGCUGAAGUCAUUUGCUGAGAACGGCCCUGAUAUGCCGCUUCUCUACUUUGGCUUCCAGUGUGGCGAUUGGGACCCACGACGCGUACAAGAUCUGGUUGGCACUCUCCACAAGGCAGCCCAAAAGGCCAAUGUGCGACUGAUAUUCCAGGGGUACGAAAACAGCAAUGAUGAUGCUGCAUUCUUUGUGGGUGGCACAGACACAGUGUUUGAGAUUGACCAGCACUUUCCAGUAAAACGCAUCCUUCCACACGUGCAUGCUGCAAUGCACUGGGGGGACCUUUCCAUUACGUCUACGUGUUUGUCUGCAGGAAAACCUGCAUGCGUGGUCCUGCGUAACAUCACUCAGAGAAUGUGGGGUCAGGCGUUAGUCCUAGCAGGAGCGGGUGUCGAACCGUUGGAGCUAGAUGCAUUGACGCCUUCCAAUCUUGUCCAUGUGUUUCACGUACUCUUGGAUCCCAAGUUUACACACUGCGCCACGCGACUUGCCCCGAGGUUCGUACCAACAGAUGCAAUCGAGGCUGCUGUAUCAGCCUUUUACAGUAAUUUGCCACUGAAAGGCAUGACGUGCGACCUGGAUCCGACGCGUAUUGCUCGUGUUUAUGAUCCGGUGCAUCAAAUGAAGCUAUCUUACGAGGCGCGGCUAGUUGUACACCAGAUUACGAAAGACGAAGGUAGUGCGGGGGAGUUGAAGUACAAACCGCUUGAGUACUCGCAACACCACCCGCCACGGUUCUCGUUACGAGAAUUGGAACUACUUCAUUCUGCUUCAUCCGGCAACCUCAAGAAACAGCCCCAAACCAAGAUUUUAUACACGUACGAUCCUGCGAGUGCAGAGCUCGCAGCAAGAGUGGAUCACGAGCGAGCGUCACUGACCUCGUGUUCACACUUAAAAGAGUCGUCACUGCCCAAGUAUUGUGGUAACUUGCCGCACAAGAAGCGCUUUCAGUUACCCCGUGCCCAGUCCAUGGCAUUAAACGUGGUAGAAAUGCCAAAGUUAUGGAAUUCGCCAGAAGAGCAGGCGAAGAGGACGCUCGAGAUCAACGCUAAGUAUGAAAAUUUUAUUAUGACGCGAAACUUUGCUACUCGUGCCUCGUCAUCGUCAACGUCUACAGCCGUGCCAUAA